AUGGCAAUUUGCACAGGUGCCCUGACCCCUCGUCCCUCCACAGUCCUGAAAGCAGGAACACGACAGACAGAGAAGACUCUCUCACCACUGGCGCAUAUAUCACUAGAGCCAUCAGGAAACGUGCUGCCAAUUGCUUGGCCAAAUGCGGCCCUCAUUCUGGCUUAUUUUCGAUGCGGUACGGAAUUUGGUACUCAUAUGAGCUGGAUCGGCACUCCAGGCGCGAUAUAUAUCCACGGAAGUGGAGGCGACAACUGGGGGUGUGGCAAGACGACAUAG